UGAGAGAGGGACAGCGGGCUGCUUUUAAAAAGAGCUGCUGCCUGCCUCCCCACAGAAAAGCAACCAGAGAGACGAAGAGAGAGAGAGAGAGAGAGAGAGAGAAGGAGAGAGAGAGAGAGACCUAAACGAGUGAUUGGAGAUUCAUCCUAGCGCACAGGACGCACAGACGGAGUUGCACAACCAGCGCUCCAAAAAGGGCUCCAAAAGCAGAGAAACCCUCCGCGCUGCUUCACUUCUGUCGUCCACCAACAGCUGCAAGUGGAACUAAUUCACCCCUCGGAAGACUUUGAGUAAACUGUUUAUUGGUUUAACGCAUAGAGGCGGUUUGGACAGCUCGGAUUUUGAGGGGAAAAAAACAUCUUGAAGAAAAUGCAUCGGUGCACAGCGGUGCUACUUUUGUUUGUGGUGGCCUUAUACUUCCUGAAUGCAGAAGCCUACAAGUGCAGGUGCACCAGAAAAGGACCAAAGAUCAGAUACAUGGACGUACAGAAGCUGGAGAUCAAACCCAAGCACCCAUACUGCCAAGAGAAGAUGAUAUUCGUGACGAUGGAGAACGUGGCCCGCUUCAAAGGUCAGGAGUACUGUCUUCACCCCAAACUCCAGAGCACCAAGAAUCUGGUCAAAUGGUUCCGCAUCUGGAAGGACAAGCACAGGGUGUAUGAAGCCUAAUCCUCGGCUCCCCAGCACGUGAGGCUCAAGCGAGACAAAACACACCAACAGGACUGUUUUUGAGAAGCACAAGGUGUAAUCUACAAUCAAACUGUACUGCCCCCCCUCCUUCUGCCUGAAAAUCUAUCGAGCACAUUAAGAGAUAUCUUUAGUUUGUAUAUAAAUAUUAAUGCUGGUCGGCUCGUUUUAGUCAGCCAAUCUAUCUAGAUGCAGUCAACCACCACAUCUGUCUUUACAACUGUAGCUAUACUUUGUCUUAUAGUGAACGAGACGCCGCCAUCUGUUCCCACAGGUGUAGGCGUCGUUCAGUUUUUACUCUAAGGGACCUUUGUGUUGACGUUUUUUGAAGAAGCAGGAGGACUCUCCUUUUGAAGAUGCAGUGUGGGUGUUUUAAUUGUUAAGAUUUUCACUUCUCUAUAUUCGUAUUUUACUGGAAGGAUAUUUGUACCAUGCCAACAUUUACAGUAGGAUCUGUUAACCUGGGUUUGAGGGGCACAAAGUCAGUCUGCGGUUCAGCUUCAGAGACAUGAAACCUACCACUGAGUGUGUGUUCACCGUGUCAUCAUGCUAGUUAUGAGUGUCAAACAAACACGCUACUCUUCAGCACUCACCUUGUCAAAUAGGAUCUGAAUGAUUGCUUGGGUGUUGUGUCAGUACAUUUUAAAGAAUGGAAAGUAGUUGAUUUUGUGCCAUCUCUGCAUAAAUUACAGUCUGUGGACUGAAAAUAAACUUGAUUAUUAAAGCCACUAAGAAAGCAUGACUGCCUGUGGUUUACAUGUAGACUGUAUAUAAGAAGUGAACGUAGCCAUCAUGAGGUCAUCUGUCUGUUUUUAGUAUUUCAAGGCAAGAGGUGACUUACACUUCAGCCCCGUUUCCACCAAUCGGUCCGGUUUGGUUUGGUUCAGUAAACCCUGAUCAGGUCGACACAGUUUAGUCUGCCAAUAAAUUCAACGAAGAAGAAGAAGAAGAAGAAGAAGAAGAACGCGACACAGUGUUCAAAGGACAACAAUGGAGGUCUGCACCUCCAAGGUCGUCCAUGGGGCGGUGCUAUGUGCUGACAUUACAACAAAACAACAAAAAACGUUGUUACUGCUGUUGCUCAGGAAGUGCAGAUUCUUUCAGCCAAUCAAGGGACUGCAGGGUGUCUAGCUCCACCCUUUAGGGUCCGAUUGGUACGCUUGGCAGCCCAACAGAAGGGUAGCAAAAAAGUAGAAUGGUACGGAUCGGUUAUUUUGGUACCAUUCCCAACUUUUGAGAGUGGAAACAGCAAUAAAUGCGUACCAUACUGAACCAAACUGAACUGGACCGCUCGGUGGAAACGUGGCUAUAGCUGCCCCUCGUGGUCACCUUGCUUGUGACAUAAUUGGCUUUAUGUGUCUCAAAAUGGGAACAUCAUGCCUUAAAGAAAAGACUGAGACCAGAAACUCGUAAAGAAAAUGUCUACUUUGAUAAUAAAUCAAGUAAGAGGUCUGGUUCAUUUUCUUGUGAGCUGUAGAGUCGCCCCCUGCUGGCCAUUAAACAGAAUGCAGCCUUCAGGCACUCUCAGACCCAGUGGCUACGUUGACGUCUUUUAUACAGUCAGUGGGUUUAACUCGACAAACUGUUUUAUAUUGUCACAGGUUGAGAGAUUAUUUAGCCGUGUCUUUGAAAUAAAUGUGUAUUAAAGCAAUAUAUAUAAAAAAAACACACAUCUCAACUAUAUUGGGCUACGUAUUAUAGCAUAUGUAAAGUGUAAGGUUGGUCAUAUUCUUGUUUUUCUGUUAGCAUUCACCAACAUCCCGCUAAAUUCAACCCUGCCUUUCCAAACACAAUCCCUCUGAACUACAUUUAUUCCCUUUUAUGAAGAUGUUUACCUUUAAAACACACCAGGAAUAAAACUAUAUAAGUUCCUGUAACAGCUGAGAACAGUAAACAUCAUGACUGCAGGGGACUACUUUCAGCUGUGGAUGAAUACACAGUUCAUGCUUGUGGGUUUUUACUACAAUGAAAGUAUCAAGCAGCACACACAUCUGAAUGGUUGAGUACUGGGUGGUGGACAAAAUCUAUAAAUACAGGCAAAAGGAAGACUAAGGGUUUAAAUAAAGUUGCUUUUGAACCACAUGUAAGCGUAGACAACCGGCUGCUUCAUAGGCGUAAAUGUUCACAUACUUGCCGAUGUACAAAGCGUGUUACUGGAGGAUUCCUCUAGAGGGAGCACCACAUAAAUCAGACGGCGUAAAACACCAAAGUAGAGAGGAUCUGUCGCCAGCGAUUAGUGGAGUCACGAAGUCCAGACGAGGAAGUUAUACCAGAAAAAACUUCAGGCAGGGUUGAUCUGUUGACAACAACAAAAAAUACACAACAUUAUCAAAGUAACCCUUUAAAUCUGGACGUGAACUGUGUUUUUUUAAAUCAUCAGAAAAUAUUUUAUUUGUGUUUCUUUUUUUAGCUCGGAGACAAGACUUUCACUUUUUGUACAUCAUUUGAUCGUCCAGAUGUUCAUGCACUCCUUCUGGGAGAGGUUAAUCUGCCCGUCCUCAAUUUAAUCUCUCAUCAAGUAAAUGUCCUGAACAAUACGGUCACACGUGUUACCAUUUGGUAUGCUGUGGAUACACUUUUUUUUAUCAAUGACAUCUGUUUUUUUUGUUUCCAGCGAAGAGGAUUCACUCAAACAUAAAUCUGCAUUUAAACGACAGCAGAACGUACCCUUUAUCUUUUGAAGAAUGUGCAUUACUCUUGUUUUAUAUCUUAUAUAUGAAAUAUGAAAAAAAAGCUUAAUUUUGUAAAUGCACCCGUUGAGUACGGAGGAGGAGGUGACGUCAGUAUGGUUUCUGUUUUUACAAUGCAUGCACAAUUUCUAUUUCAUGCACCCGUUAUAAUAACAUGCACGCACUAUUUGAGAAACAAAGCACAUUGAAAGAUUAUUUUGGUGCCUUUAUUUUAGAGCUAGGACAGAGAUGGAGUCAGAAACCAGGGGAGAGAGAGAGCGAGAGAGAGAGAGAGAGAGAGAGAGUGGAGAACGACAUGCGGGAAAGGAGCCAGAGGUCGCAUGGAACCCCGGGCCGCACACUCUCCAACACUUGAGCCUCUGUACAUGGGGGCGCACGCACUAGCAGCUAAGCUACUUGCGCCCCCAUAUGUUACAUUUCCUUAAAAUAAAAGUCUUUAAGUGUCAUGCAACCUUUCCAACCUGACUUCUGUGCU